AUGAAUCACACAGCACUUGCAAGUAAAGGGACAGCACUCCUCUCUGAGCUGUAGGACACUGCAGUCUCUGCUUGUCUGGCACCUUUAAUACCAGCUGCCACUUGCAAUUACUUAAUCUGUAUUAUAUUUCCAUUGCUUGAGUUGUUACUCUUCUUUGAAGCACACAAUGCUCAGGGUCUGAGUCACAAAAUCUUUAAUAAAUAUAUACAUAUACAUAUAUUAUAUAUAUGUAUAUAAUAUGCAUAUUUUGUUUAGACAAACAUAUUAUUCUAGUUAAAUUUAUUUGAACUCACAGCUCUGAGAUCUGAGAAACCUGUAUGGGAUGGUUCCGUAUAGCUAAUUCAUCCCUUUUUAGAGUUCCCUGGACAUUUUUGGAAGAAGCUCAUUCUGUGCAAGCCCUGUUGCACACACAGUCAAGCAUGGAUUCAUUUCAGUAUAACACUUCUUCAGAAAAUUCUACAGAUCUAACUCCCUUUUGCAGGAAUGCAUCCUGCGCUUUCCUCUUCCAGCAGCCGGCUUGGCAAAUAACUCUCUGGGCUAUAGCAUAUUCUAUAAUAGUGAUUAUAUCUAUAGUUGGGAAUAUUAUUGUCAUGUGGAUCAUUUUAGCGCACAAAAGGAUGAGGACUGUAACCAACUACUUUCUGGUCAACUUAGCGUUUGCUGAAGCGUCAAUGUCCACCUUCAACACAGUAAUUAAUUUCACCUAUGCUGUCCACAACCAGUGGUACUAUGGACUUAUCUUCUGCAAGUUCCACAACUUCUUCCCAAUUUCAGCAGUGUUUGCCAGCAUUUAUUCCAUGACAGCUAUAGCCUUGGACAGGUAUAUGGCUAUCAUUCAUCCACUGAAGCCACGGCUGUCUGCAACCGCCACUAAAAUAGUUAUUGGUGUUAUCUGGUUUCUUGCCUUCUCCUUGGCAUUUCCUCUUGGCUACUACGCAAUGGCAGAGAAAGUGGAGGAUCGGGAACUGUGCUACGUGGAUUGGCCAGGCUAUGAUUUAAACCAGAAAUAUGAAAAAAUGUACCAAGUGUCUGUCUUUUGUCUUAUCUACUUCUUGCCACUCCUUGUGAUAGGAUGUGCAUAUACCUUCAUUGGCAUGACCCUGUGGGCCAGUGAAAUACCUGGGGACUCAUCAGACAGAUAUCACGAGCAAGUGUUGGCCAAGCGCAAGGUGGUAAAAAUGAUGAUUGUUGUAGUUUGCACAUUUGCUGUUUGCUGGCUGCCCUACCACAUCUAUUUCCUGCUGCAGAUUUUCGUACCACAUAGUAAGAACCCAAAGAUGUUUCAACAGCUGUACCUGGCAAUCAUGUGGCUUGCUAUGAGCUCCACUAUGUAUAACCCCAUUAUUUAUUGUUGUCUGAAUGAUAGGUUCCGCAUCGGGUUUAAGCAUGUUUUUCGAUGGUGCCCAUUUAUCCGAUCGGGUGAGUAUGAAGGGCUGAAAAUGAGAUCCACACGCUAUCUUCAAACCCAGAGCAGCAUGUACAAAAUCAGUCGCAUUGAAACCACUGUAUCAUCUGUCUUAAGUGCCAACGAUGAGGAUGCAGAGGAGAAUGGGAAGAGUACAAAACGAUUGUCCUUGGACCUCACCUCCAACGGUUCUUCCCGCAGUGUUUGUAAGACUAUGUCCGACUCAUCCAGUUUCUACUCUAGUAACCUGUCAUAAACAGGUCACUUUUGUCAAGAUUAUCCCGGGUGACCUUGUGAGGUUUGAGAUUUCUUGGCUGCUUAACCCUUAAACGGGCUGAUCAUUCCUAAUUGGUUUUCCCUUCUCUGGGCUAUAUUGUAGCAAAUAGUCUGUUUACAACUCAAAAUAUUUUCUGUAAUCCAUAGGCAAUUAAUGUGAGAUGGUUAAUUAUUAUUUAAUCAUUAAUACUUAUGAGCGUUCAGAGAGUGGCUGCCAUUUUCUGUUUGUUAGCCAAAUAAUGGCACCCUCUUAAAACACAAAUGACUAUCACUCCUUCAAUGGAUAUGUGGCCCUUGUCAUAAAAUACUUAAUCUAAGCAUUGGUCAUUGCUUCAGAAAGAAGAUUAAUGUUGUUGCUUUUUAAAUAUUGUAGAGGAAAUACUUUAUUCUAUUAUAUAAAACUAUACAGUGAAGCCACUAAGCCAUUUAGGAACAAUCCCUUAAUCAAAUAAACAUAUGAGAACACAAUACAAAAUUAAUAUUAACACAAAAAAAAAAAAUUAUUAAAAAAAAAGAAAAUAUCAAUUGUUCCUAAAAAAAAAAUCCCUCACAGCAGUGGCAUUUUUUAUUUAUUUAAUUGUGAAACCAAAGCAAUGCCAUCUUUUCUAUAGACACUACUUUUGAAAUAGAAGGUGAAUAUAUUGUCAGGGUUCGAUUUAUGUGCUAUAAUUGGAAAAAAAAAAGAAA